UCCUAACCAGCCAUUAAAGGAAAAAGUGCAGGAUUUGAUUUUUUAUUUCCCUCCCAUUAAUCGUUGCAAAUUCCCAGCACGGCUUGCGACCCACCCACCCCGGACAGCCCGGGAAAAAAAAGGGGGGGGUUGAGACGCAGCGCUACUUGCAGCCCCGGCCGUGGACUCAUAAAUCAGCCCAGGACUCCAAUGGAGCCUCCAGGUCCAGCAGCAGUCUACCUGGAGCAGCCCUCCCCCUACCUAUUCCCGGGGGCCGCCAAGCCAAGGCUGGAAGCCGCCCGCUCUCCCGCCUUAAAAGGAGGCCGGAGGAGCCGGGCUGGCUGCUGCGAGGGCGCCCCCGCCUCCAUGGGCGCUCGCUUGGCUCAUUCCCCGAUCGCCGCAUCGGCGCUCGACUUGUCGCGCCUGGCCGCCCGGCUCAGCGCUUCCGCCCCCGCAGGCGCCGCAGUGGCGAGCCGAGCGCAUGGAUCGAGCGCAGGAGGAGGAGGAGGCGGCGGCGGCAUGAUGGCGGCGGCGGGAGCGGCGGGCUCGUCGGCCUCCGGGUCUUCGUCGGGCCUGGCCGGCGGGCGAGCGCCACGGCGGACGGCGGGGAACCGGCUCUCGGGGCUGCUGGAGGCCGAGGAGGAGGACGAGUUCUACCAGACCACCUACGGGGGCUUCACCGAGGAAUCGGGCGACGACGAGUACAAGGGGGACCAGUCGGACAGCGAGGACGAAGUGGACUCCGACUUCGACAUCGACGAAGGGGACGAGCCCAGCAGCGACCAGGACGACUCGGUGCCCAAGAGGAAGAGGAGGGUGGUCACCAAGGCCUACAAGGAACCCCUCAAAAGCCUGAGGCUGAAGAAGCCUGAUGUUCCGGCCAGCAGCUCGCAGAAGACCCGAGAGGAAAGAUCAGCACCUGCAGAACUGGAAGACACGGUGGACAGCCGGAAAUACAUGCGCCAGUCGACUACCGAACACACCCGCCAGACGUUUCUACGCCUCCAGGAGCGCCAGGUGCAGUCCAGGCGCAAGAAGGGGGGCGGCCCCAGCUACGACAGACCCCUGACCCAGGAAGAACUCCUGAGGGAGGCCAAGAUCACCGAGGAGCUCAACCUGCGCUCUCUGGAGACCUAUGAACGCUUGGAAGCGGAUAAGAAGAGGCAGGUACAGAAGAAGCGGAAGUGCACAGGGCCCACCAUCCGCUACUAUUCAGGGACGAUGCCCCUCAUCUCCGACCUGGGCUACAAGGAGGAGAACGUGGACGUGGAGGGGUUAGAGCAGGAGGGUCUUCUGGAGACCCCCUCGGCCGCCGCACCCGCCGCAAAAUGUUCCCGCACCUUCAUCACCUUCAGCGACGACGAGACCUUCGAGCGCGUCUUCCCCAGAGCCCCGCCCCCCAAGCUGCCCGUCAAGGAGGUCUGCCCCGUCACCCACAAGACCGCCAUCUACCGCGACCCCGUCACCGACAUCCCCUACUCCAACAUCCGCUCCUUCAAGAUCAUCCGGGAGGCUUACAAGAAGUACAUCACCGCCCACGGACUGCCCAGCGCUGGCGCCUCGGCUGCCCUGGCGGCUGGCUCCCCCAUGCCCGACCCCGGCGUCCGGCCCACCAGGCAGAAAAUCAUCAUCAAGCAGAGCGUGCCGGCCACCUGAAGGCCAGGUGGCCUCCCCGUUUCCACCAUAGGUCAUUUGGCACCAAAAUCGUGGCAGACCAGCAUUGACAGCUUUCUUGACUUUUGGGGUGGGGGUGGAUUUAGUCAGUUUCUGACCAGUUCAAGAGGGGACUGCAGCUGAACCCCAACCCCCAACCACACCCCAUCUGCAAUCUCAGUCUAUGGUGGAAGCUUAAUAUUUCCUUUUAUUCCCAGUUUAUUCCUUUCCGAUUCGCUACGUUAUCCUGAUGGUGGAACGGCGCCUGAGCACAGGCAGAGUUUCCGAUCUGUCGCUAACAAACCGGACAUGAGCCACAAUAGCUUAGUGCCAGCUCCUUCACGAUUGUGCAUAAUUCUGAUUCUUUCCUAAAACAUCUCAUGAUUUUUAUUUCUGUUAGUUUCUUGUUUCUGGUUAGAUUUUUGUUUCCGUUGUGACUCUCAAGUUAUUUAUUUUCUGUCCUUUUUUUGUGUCCCAUAUGGGACUGUUGUAGAGAGUGGCUCCUUCACUCUGCUGGGAAAUUCUGCCGCCCUCAAAUCUUCCAGGCUGGAUCAGGGCAGGAAAAGCGGUAAUCCCAGCCAUGGCUCGAUAUU